UCAAUAUUACUUACUCAUUUUUCUACUAAAACACUCUUAACUAUGACAAAACAAAUGUACAAACAAGUACUCUUCUCCUUCAUCGUCUUGACUGUUUUACUUUACCAAUCCAACACCGUCUCAUCUUUCCGAAAAUUCCACCUAGCUAAACCAUGCAAGCGUUUCGUCUUGCACCUCCAUGAUGUUACCUUCGAUGGCGAUAACGCGGAUAACGCCACUUCAGCAGCAAUUGUGAACCCUAUAGGACUAGGAGGCUUCAAUUUUGGGAAGUUUUUGAUCACGGACAGUCCUUUGACAAUGGACGAGAACUUUCUCUCGGAACCGGUGGCUCGUGUUCAAGGCUUUUGGUUCGUCCACGGUAAGACGAAAUUCGACACUUGGCUCGCUUGGUCGGUGGUGUUCAAUUCAACAAAACACAAAGGGUCGAUUAACAUGAUGGGUGAAAAUCCGAUUAUGGAGCCUAGUAGAGAUGUAUCGGUCGUUGGUGGCACUGGUGACUUCAUCAUGACUCGUGGGAUUGCUACGAUCACGAGCGAUGCCGUUGAAGGUAAUAAGUAUUACCGUAUCAAAAUGGACAUUAAACUCUAUGAAUGUUACUAUUAGAGCUACUAAUACAUUUAUGUCUCGGCUGUGGUGUUUCGGAAUUGAUAUAUCUUUUGGGUUUGAUGUUUGUCUCUUUUGGCAUUUAUUUGCAUUUUUCUUUUCUUUAUUGGUGUUGUUCCAAGUUCCAACAAAUGUCUUAAGUAAAACUGUGGUAACAAAAGAGUCCUUGUAUUUCUUAUACCAAGUUUUAAACAUACAAAUGGGCUAAAACUAUUUAAUGUA